UCUUUUCGAGACUGCAUCUAAUCACUCCGAGAUUUAGAUUGGAUUAGUGUUUCUUUCUCUUAGUUAUUUUGAUCUCAACUCUGCCCAAGUGUGCGAACACAAAGCCCUCGUGCAGUGUAAAGAUGUGGUUUAUUAAAGAGGAGACUGAAGACUUGAGGAUCGCGGACUCUUUUAGAGUCAAACAUGAAGAGACGGAGACACAAACAGGCCUGAGGGUGCUGAAGAAGGAGGGUCAAGAACUGAAUAAAAGGGAAAUUGAGGAUCAACAUGAGAAACAUCAUUCAUUAAUAGCAGGAGAAAAAUCUUUAAGUUGCUCACAGAACGAAAAGACUUUGUCACGAAAAAGAGCUCAAACGACUAUUCCAACUAGUGGUCAUUUCGAUCAGCAUGGAGACCUUGAUGUCAACAUGAGAAUUCACAUAGGAGACAAGCCAUUCUCCUGCCAGCAGUGUGGGAAGAGUUACACCUCGAAAGGAAGUCUCAAAGAUCACAUGAGAGUUCACACUGGAGAGAACCCUUUUACCUGCCAACAUUGUGGAAAAAGUUUCAUUCGAAAAGGAAACCUGACUGUCCACAUGAAAAUUCACACUAGAGAGAGCCCAUUCACCUGCCAGCAGUGUGGGAAAAGUUUUGUUCAGAAAGGUAGUCUUAAAUCCCACACGAGAGUUCACACUGGAGAGAGUCCUUUUAUCUGUCAACAAUGUGGAAAAAGUUUCACUCAAAAAGGUAACCUGAAAGUCCACAUGAGAAUUCACUCUAAAGAGACCCCAUUCUUCUGCCAACAGUGUGGAAAAAGUUUCACUCAGAAAGGAAGUCUUAAAGAUCACAUGAAAAUUCACACUGGAGAGAACCCUUUUACAUGCCAACAUUGUGGAAAAAGUUUCAUUCGAAAAGGAAACUUGAAAGUCCACUUGCGAGUGCACACUAGAGAGAGCCCAUUCUCCUGCCAACAGUGUGGAAAAAGUUUCACUCAGCAAACAAGCCUUAAAAUCCACAUAAGAAUUCACACUGGAGAGAAGCCUUUCACAUGCUCUCAAUGUGGAAGGAGUUUUACACAUAAAGGAACCCUUAAUAACCAUGUGACCACUCACACAGGAGAGAAGCCAUUUGUAUGUAGUCAGUGUGGAAAGUGUUUCCGAUUUACGGUAACCCUUAAAGACCACAUGAGGAUUCACUCGAGAGAGAUCCGUUUUGUAUGCCAUCAGUGUGGAAGGAGUUUCACAGACAGAAAUGAUCUUAAGAACCAUGUAGUAACUCACAUCGGAGAGAAGCCUUUUAUGUGCCAUUACUGUGGAAAGUCUUUCAAAAACAAUGCAAACCUUGAGGUUCAUUUAAGAAUUCACACUGGAGAGAAGCCUUUCAGCUGCACUCAAUGUGGAAAGAGUUUCACAGUUAAAGGAAACCUUGACAUUCACACGAGGGUUCACACUAAAGAGAGGCCUUACAGGUGCCUUCGGUGUGAGAAGUGUUUCACAUAUCACACGGACCUGAAACGUCAUUUGCUAACUCAUUCUGGAGAGAAAUUCCAGUGUUCUGAGUGUGACAAGGGGUUUCGAAAAAUUAGCAAUUACAGAAAACACUUGCAUAUGCAUUCGGGAGGAAGACCAUUUAAUUGUGUUAAGAGUAAAAGAGAAAUCCUAAAACUCUCAUCACACUUAGAGUUACAUUUGAAAAGGCAUGCAUAUGUGAGACUUCAUUCUUGUUCUUUUUGUGGAAAGAGUUUUAAAUGGCUCCGCCAUUUAAUAUGCCACCAGAAGAGGCGCAUCUGUGUGAAAUCAAAGCUGUGUUUACGUCGCAGAUGACUGUGGCCCAAACUUGAUUUUCUGCUCAAAUAAUUUUUUUUAAAUAAAAAAAAAAAAAA